AUGACGAUUAAUCAAAUACUUGGGCAGCAACAGCUCAUCUUUGAUCAGAGACGCCAACUAGAUGAACUCGCAAGCCAGGUGCGAAAUCUUCAGCAGAUUGUAGGCAAAAUAACGGAUUGCCAGUCGGCUCUACAACAACAACAACAAGAACAACAACAAGAGGUAGCACAACAGCAACAGGCAGUACAACAGCAACAGGCAGUACAACAGCAACAGGCAGCGCAACAGCAACAGACAACACAGCAGCAACAACAGACAGCACAGCAGCAACAGCAGACAGCACAACAACUCGAUGGACGUAAGUAA